GGAUUUAAAAAAAGGCUUUGCUUGGAAUUUGUCGUCUUCACACCGUAAUCACCACGCGCGCAAUACGCCGUCGACUUUGACUACCGACGCAGCGCCAGCAGCUCCCCGGUCGAGCUACCCCUUCCGGGCGGCCCCGCGUCCAUACUCCCACCCGCUCAUAUAUGCGGCCCGGCGAUCCGGAAAAAAGAGUACAAGUGUACAGCCCCAUCCAUCCAUAACUCAUCACCCAUCACCGGGCAUCACGUGAACCCUAGCUAGCUACGUAGCUACGUACUUCAUUUUCGGAUCAUCGCCGUAGCUUGGCAUGGGCGGUGCUCGCGCCCUGGCGUGCUUCCUCUGCGGCUCGGCCGUCUCGCGGCGGGGGCGCGCGGCGAGGCUGGUGCUGUGGGGCGGCGAGGCGCGGGCGGCCAAGCGCGGGACGCAGGCGGGGCAGGUGAUGCUCGACUUCGCGGGGACCGUGGUCUGCCUCGCCGACGGGUUCUACAUCGGCCGGCCCGCGCCGGUGCUGGCCAUCGAGGACCGCCUCGUCGCGGGGGCCACCUACCUUGUGCUCCCCGUCGACCGCCUGCCGCGGGGCUACGACGCGGUCACCGCGGCGUCCCUGGCCGCGCUCUCCUACGACAGGGCCGGCCCGGCGGGGUCCGUCGCGGGGGGGCCCAGGAGCCCGUUCGAGUACGUCAAGGGCGACGACGGCCGGACGGUGAUCAAGGUCACCCCGGAGUUCCUCGUCAAGGCCAUCACCGCGAGACCGGGCUGCGGUGUCGGCGGCGGGAGCGAGGCCGUGGUCGACGGAGAGGGCGCGUGCGGCGGGGCGCUGUGCAGCACGCCGGAGCUGAGGAAGCACUACGAGCAGCUGGUGGGAUCCGGGAGGGGGAGGACGUGGUCGCCGCGGCUGGACACGAUCAAGGAGCGCAAGGGGAGGAGGCUCGCGGCGGCGGUGAGCCCCGGGAGGCUGUCGCCGGUGGCAGUCAGGCUGCUAGGGCUGGGCAAAGGAGAAUACAGGUAGCCAAAGGCCACCAAAGAUAGGCAGGCACCGGCCGUGCGGCGCAUCGUCGAAUUCCUUCAGCUCAGUGGCGUGUUAACACUUCACAGCUCGUUGCUUGUUUCGUUUUGUUUGACGGAAUUAAGCAAUUGGGAGUUGAUUUGUACAAAUUGAGCGAUCGACUCUGGAUAUGUUAUCGCCAUGACAAAGAAGAAUUUGUUUUAGCUAGGCGUUCCAUGGACAAAUCGUGUAUUGUAGUAUUGCUUACUUGGACUUUUGUUGGACAAAAUUGUACAGACCUCGGUUUUCAUUCUAUAUACAUGGCUUAUUUUGCUA